UUAAAAUCCUAUUGAAGAAGCACCAUAAUCAAAUUCAAAGACUAAAUUUAAUGUAACUUGCACUAUAUUAAUAAUAUUUAACCUUAUCAUAGGACUCUACUUUGUUAAAUAUUCAAGGAAUGAAUACAAUGAUGUUUGCUUUUAUUUAGGAGGGUUUUCAUACUAUCAUGGAAUAGUAUUAAUUCUGUUAGGACUCUUUAUUUUAUUGGUGGUAUGUCCCUGUGGAUGUUAUCCUUGCAUAAAUAAAGAGUAUUCUAGCAAUAUGUUUGGGGUUAUUGUAAGUGUUGAAUUCACAUAAUAAGCAAUAUUUCUAACUGCUCUGA